GCCUACCGCCUAUCGCACCAUUGUUUGCAACACCCCAUACCUUGGAUUGCGUGCUAGGUAUAAACAACAUGGAUCUAGUCAACUCGUACGUGCUUCUACUCCGCUUCCUCUUUCCUUCCUGUACAACGUCAAAAGAUGCCUCACCUGAAUGGAGCCAAUGACGCGAAUGAAAUGGAGUAUAUUAUGCAGAGAGCGCGACAGGGCAGUCGAAGCUUGCCAUUUAUGACUGACACACUGGGCAACAGUCUGAACGACCGAUUGCUCUUCGCGGUACCCAAGAAGGGCCGUCUCCACCAAGUCUGCCUCGACCUCCUCCACGGCUCAGACAUUCAAUUCCACCGCCACUCGCGCCUCGACAUCGCACUCGUCAAGAACCUCCCUCUCGCGCUCGUCUUCCUGCCCGCCGCCGACAUCCCUACAUUCGUCGGUGAAGGCCGCGUCGACCUCGGAAUCACCGGCCGCGACCAAGUCGAAGAGCAUGAAUGCGCCGUUCCCCCCACAGCUACAACCGGCGUCGUCGAAGUCCUCGACCUCGACUUCGGAAAAUGCAGUCUCCAAGUCCAAGUACCCCAGAAGGGCGACCUGUCCAAGCCAGAAGACCUGAUUGGCAGGAACGUGGUUACGUCUUUCACGAAUCUUGCGGAGCAGUACUUCAGGAAGCUGGAGGCUGAGCAGAGCGGCACAACCAACGGCGAUGCAAAGGAUGCAAAGCUGAAGACUAACAUCAAGUACGUUGGUGGCAGUGUCGAGGCCGCAUGCGCGCUCGGUGUGGCAGAUGGUAUUGUCGAUCUUGUCGAGUCUGGGGAGACGAUGCGCGCUGCGGGCUUGAAGGCUAUUUCUACAGUUGUAUCGUCCAGCGCUAUUUUGAUCAAGUCGAAGCACCCCUCAGAUCCCAAGCUUGUCGAUCUGAUCACAGCUAGGAUAAAGGGUGUCAUUACCGCGCAAAAGUAUGUCCUCUGCCAGUACAACAUCGAGCGCUCGAAGCUCGAUAUCGCGAAGCAGAUCACGCCCGGAAACCGCGCGCCGACCGUCACUUCGCUGGAGGAGAGCGGCUGGGUCGCCAUCUCGGUUAUGGUGCAGAGGAAGCAGAUUGCUAUUGUUAUGGACAAGUUGACCGAGGCUGGCGCUUGCGAUAUCCUGGUCACUAAGAUCGAGAACUCGAGAACUCACGAUUAGACACGAUUAGACCAUUUCGUGUCACGCGAUGGAAAACAGAAUACGAAUGGUAGAUGAUAUCGAAUAGAAUGGCUCGUUG